GGGGUGCCAAGCUGAAUGGCACGAAUUAUCAUACUUGGAGGAAGAUGAUGACUGCUCAUCUUUGCGGUCUGGACAAGAUGGGAUAUGUGAAUGGAUUGAUUCAGACACCGGAUGAAAAAGAUGUGGGUUAUGCAAAGUGGGAAACUCAUAAUGGUGCCGUGAUGUCUGUGCUCUACAAAGCCAUGACGGAUGAGGUAGUACAAUUAAUUAUUGGGUGUGAAACUGCAGCAGAAAUUUGGAGUACUUUGAAGCAAUUGUAUCUGAAUGACUCGGAUUUUGCUCAAAUACAUGAGCUUCAUACUAAGGCGUUCAUGAUGAGGCAGGAUGGGCGGCCUGUGGCAGUAUACUAUGCUGCCCUUAAAGGUCUAUGGCUAGAAAUUGAUCAAAGGCAUCCCAACAAGAUGAACAAUGCUGAUGACAUCAAGCUACACAAUGAAGAGAAGGAUCUAAUGAGGCUGCAUAUCUUCCUUCAUGGUCUCAACGACAAGCAUGCUAGUGCAAAGGGUGAGUUGCUCAGACGUGGAACUCCACCUACCCUUGAGGAUGCCUUUGCAUAUAUACGCAAAGAUGAGACUCAACUUGAUAGCACCAAAGCAAUCCAUUCGGAGUUAUCAAGUCUCACUGUCCAAACCAAGCCUUCACCGUCAAAAUAUGUACCACCACCUCAACAACUUCGACCCCAACCAAGUUCUCAAGGAGGAACACGGCCGUACUAUACUUUUUGCAAGAAUUAUGAGCAUUGGAGGACUAAGUGUCAUCGAUUGAAUGGGUAUCCGAAUCAACAAAAUACUUGGAAUAAAUCGAGACCUAACCAAUAGGGCCGUACCACUGCUGCAAAUUUAAUUCAGAACCCGGACUACCAGGGUAUGGAGGAAACGGAUCAGAAGCCUGGUAAUGCUUCAGUCUCUUUUGUUGGAAGAGGAUCUUCAGACAAGGGAGAUAAUUGGCCGAGGAGAUUUGAGGGGGAGGUUAUUUCAUCUGGAUCGGAUGUAUGCGAGGAUAACACCAGGGAAGAAGGCCCCAGUAGCUUUGAUUUCGAGUUCUGA